AUGUCAACAAAAAUUCAAACAACGAUUGCACCUCAUUCGCAGAAACCUGUCGUAACACGCACAUACCCGACCGAAGCCGAGUUCGAUGCCAUCAUCCAAUCAGCGGCCGACGCACAGAGAACUUGGGCGAAGGUGCCAAUCGGCGAACGGAUUGCAAUUGGUUACAAGUUCAUUGAAGUGUUCAAGAAGAUGGAAGCGGAGUUCUCGCUUGAACUCACGCAACAGAUGGGCCGCCCUAUUUCUCAGACGCCAGGAGAGCUCCGUGGCAUGAUUGGCCGUGCUGAAUACAUGCUCUCCAUUGCCGAAGCAUCUCUUACGCCUGUCUUACUUACCGAGACCGAUGCUCCAGGAUUCAAGCGAUACAUCAACCGUGUUCCAUUGGGUGUUGUCCUUGUUCUCGCACCAUGGAACUUUCCAUAUCUCGUCGCAAUAAACAGUGUGCUUCCUGCAAUCGUUGCAGGCAACGCGGUUCUUCUGAAACCAUCCCCGCAAACCCCACUUGUAGCGGAGCGCUUUCAACGCGUAUUUGAGGCAGCCGGACUACCAAAGAGUGUGGUACAAGCGGUACAUCUCGGUCCGGACGGUGUAUACCAUGCGAUCAAGCACAGAUUGGUGGACUUUGUGAGCUUUACUGGCAGUGUUACAGGUGGACGAAUGGUGGAAAAGGCGGCAGCCGAUGCCGAAGGUUUCAAGGGUGUUGCUUUAGAGCUAGGUGGCAAGGAUCCGGCAUAUGUUCGACCGGACGCCGACUUAGAUUAUACUGUUGCCGAAUUGGUGGAUGGUGCAUUUUUCAAUUCGGGGCAGAGCUGCUGCGCUAUUGAACGAAUUUACGUGCACAAAUCAAUAUUUGAUAAGUUCAUUUCCGCAUUUGUCGAGACAGUAAAAAAAUACAAGCUCGGUGACCCAACGGACUCGUCCACAACACUUGGCCCUGUUGUAAGCAUCGCAAGUGCUGAUAGGAUAAGAAAACAAAUCGCAGAUGCAGUUGCAGCAGGUGCCAAGCCUCUCAUCCCCGAAACUCUCUUUCCCGCAGCAGUCCUGGGUUCGGCAUUCGUUGCGCCACAGGUUCUAGUUAAUGUUAACCACAGUAUGGAUGUUAUGAUGGAAGAGACGUUUGGCCCUGUAGGCGGCAUACAGUCUAUUGCUUCGGAUGAAGAAGCUCUGGCGCUCAUGAACGACUCCCCGUACGGGUUAACUGCCUCUGUCUGGACUGACGCAGAGCACAAUGAAGAGUCGCAUGCUGCUUUCAUGAAGUUCGUUGAUGGUCUUGAGACGGGGACUGUUUUCUUGAAUCGAUGCGAUUAUCUGGAUCCUGCACUUGCAUGGACUGGAGUGAAGAAUAGUGGGAGGGGGAUUAGUCUUAGUAAAUUCGGAUAUGACCAAUUAACGCGAGCGAAAUCUGUGCAUAUGAAGAUUAAGACCUCGUGAAAUGCGGAUCUGUCAUGCGUUAUUGAAUGAUUGUUGCCUUAUAGUACCUUGGAUAUGUACAGCAUUAUUGUAUAAUAUGAAAAAAAAUUAAAUUCACUCUCGUCCAUAAGU